AUGUCGGAAAAGAAGGACCCUGGAAGUAAAAGUCUAGAGCUGAACCUACGGCGAUACGAUGAUGAGCUUGAGUCUUCUAUUGGAGCUAUAUUUGACAGUAUAGACUUUAGUUCAAUAGAGAAACACGCAGGUGAUGAAAUAAGAGAGAAUAAAGAUUCUCAUGAAGGAAUACCGAGUACGCAAUAUUCUCCAACCCCCAAUAGUUAUGAUGACGAUGGCAUGGAGGAUGCAAUUGAUAAUGCAUUGAAUGAUGUGUUUGACUUUAAAACCGAAGCUACCGAACGAAUAGCAACAGAUGAGGAGCACCAUCGUGGAGAUGAGGAAAAGACGCUACAAUCCGCGUUAGUGAGUGAAUCACUUUCAAAUAAUGUUUCAGCAGAGGGCGAUCUAUCGGCGAGGGCGGUAGAAUCUAGUGUACCCACAGGGUCAGAAAAUCAGGACUUGGAUGAUGCUAUAGAUAGUGCUUUUGAUAAUCUACUAAGAGACCCAAAACCAAGCCAUGAUGAAGGGUCUCAUAAGGCGGCCUUGCAGGAAGAGGUAGACAGAAAUCGCGGCGAUGACACAGCACUAACACUGGAAAUAAUGGAAACGGGAGCACAAACACAAGAGCAAAAUGAUUUGGUGGAGAAUCAUUCGGCGGGACAGAAUGAUGAUCUCAAACACGAUAUCUCUGACUCUUCUUAUGGAGGACGAGACGGUGAAGGUCAAGAACAGCAAAAGACUGACGCGUCUUCCACAACAGGACCUGUCAAUGGUGAUGAUCCUGAUGAUGAGCUAGACUUUGCAAUACGUAAUGCUCUAGGUAAUAUCUUUGAAAAGCAAACCCAAGAAAUUACAACACAUAGUACGAGCCCGCCCGCUGCUGAUCUGGGAAAAGGAGAACGACAUGGAAGUGAUGUUUCAGCUACAUCAAAAAUGAAGCACGGUUCUUCAUUGCAAGAUGAACCCAAAAUUAUAUCACACAUUCGACUGUACGCUGAUCACGAUGACACAAAGACUCUGACCAAUGUGAUGUUCGAAGGUACAAAUAAGAGGUCAAAAUCCAAGCUAACGCAAGUCCCAAAAGAUUCCACUACUAUACCAGACGACAACCUCGAUGAAAAUUUGAGAGGUAUCAUUGGACAAGCAUUUGAUGAAAUAUUUGGUAAGGAGUCAUCCAACGCGAACUAUUCAAACGAAGUUUUACAACCCCAAGCCCACAAGAAAACGAAAUCAAAUAUCACAACGAACCACAAGAACUACGAGAGUCGUGGUAUGGGACCAACAUUGAGCCAUGCAAUACAGAAUACUGCGACAGAUCUGUUGCGUCAACAUAAAUCGAUCGAUGGUACACAUUCAACUACCUCAUUCGGUGUGCAGAAUUACGAACAAGAUGAAGACCAAUCGCUAGUCGAUGCAAUCGGGGCUGCUUUCAGAUCUAUUGAGGAGUCAAGUUCAAAAAACCGAUCUAGCACAUUCCACGAAGACUUUGAACACCACCCCACAGCCGACGACGUGGUAUUCGAGGGUAGAAGUGAUGACAAAAAUUACGCUAGCAAAUCACAUAAGCAAACAGGGGAUGAAAAAGCCGCAACUGACCAAGAUAUCGUGGACGCAAUUGCUGAUGCGUUCAAAAGUGCUAUGCUGGCCGAGCACGAUAUGAGAAAUUACAAAACUAACAAAGACGAAUCUUUCCACGAACCUCAACUAAAGUUUAGAAAGAAAUCAGUCAAAACCUUGGCUAACGAAAUCACACAGCAAGUUCAGUAUCGCUUUAAAGAUGAACAGAAGGCGAGGGAAAGUAUGCAGGUAGCUGGUACAUUUAAUGUUAAGCCUAUACCAGCCGUGCACUCCCAAAAGGAUGAUGUGUUACUGAGAUUAGAUAGUCAAGAGUCGAAUAUAAAGCUCCGCACAGCGAUUACAAGCGCGGUUAAAAGCGCUGUCGGUGCAGAGAAGGAAGACGAGAUUGUCGAUAUUGAAGAGUUGCAAAUGAAUGAUAUUUUACAAAAUGCAAUUAAAAUGGCUUCAGAAAAUCCGCAAGAGCUUAUAUCCAAUUUAGAGAUUGACCAAGUCAUUAGUGUUGAUGACAAAGGGAGAUCAAAAAUUCUUGAAGAGCCACACAAGGCAAACCUCACUGGUCUUGGAGCUAGACAUAGAGUUAGACCUUCUAAACCUGCCAAGGACCAGCUACGAGUUCCGCCUUCACUAGAAGACAAAUCCAAAUCAUCGCUUUCUUCUGAAACAAAAAAUGGAAACAAUGAGCAGUUUGAUUUCUCAUCGGGGCUAAUAUCGAAAGAAGAUGCUGCUAAGAACUCAUUACUUUCGAAUCCGGAUAUCAAGUCUCAAAUCUCUUCUGUUAUGAGCUCUUUGACAUCGAAAAUCAACAGUGGUGAACUUGCCGAUACAAACAUAUUAUUUACAAUACGGCAAAUUACCGAAGAACUAGCCUCCGGCGGAUCCUUGGCUAAUUUCCUAUCGAAUCAAACUCCCUUGGACGAAGUUAUUUCCGGUAACGAAGAAGCUGAUAGAAAGGCACUUGCAAAUGCGUUAGGCAUGGCUCGCCACUUUCUACUUGACUUUCCAUCAGAAUCACAUGUGGAGGAAAAAUCGGUUGACGAGAUCAACACUAUGAUAUCCAACUUAAAUGAAGAUUUUUCGUCGACCACUCUACUGCUUUCAAAUGAAAGAGCCGAAUUCAUAUCCUCCAUUGCUAAUUCGACAUUGACUGCGCUUGUUGACGAUAUCACAGACAUAAAGUAUUCUGUUGAAGUAUUCGACGAUGUUGAGAAGUUUAGAAACACUUCUCCAGAAGCACGUAGAAGAACGAGAGUUGGGAAUCGAGAGAGAAAGAAAAAGUGGAGAGAGGAGAAUGCAGAACGGAAUAGGGAUAUAGAACUCAGAACAAGAGUGUUGAAGAAGGCCCUGGCAGAAUUUGGUGAGGAGGACACUUCUAGCAAAUUAGAGUGGAUAGAGUCCGAAAUUAAAAGGAGGAAAGCUAGGAGACAUGCUCGAUCCCAAGCUGAUGAUGACAAAACUGAGGAGGCUGCUAAAGUUGAGAACACCAAGUUACAAGACGUCAACGAGAAGGCACAACAAGUUGCUCAAGAUAAACGUUUAAUUAGCCAGAUUAAAGACGUGUUGAAGAUAUUCUUUGAGAGACCGGACCAUCUAAAAACGUCUUCACAAUUGAUAACUGUGUCCAGCGUUCUUGGAGCGUUAUCUUUGAUCUAUUCCGAAACUAUCAAAUUGGACGAAGAUGUAAUGUUGGCAGGUAUGAAAUCCAUUUUGAAAACUAUUACAGAUCGUGUACACAUCCUCGACGGUCACAGAAGUAGGUUAAGUCAGGCAUUGUUGCGGACAGAAUCGUCCAAACGUCGGUUAUCAGAAAUUUUACUGAAUGCAAAACGUUUAAAAGUGGAUCUGUCUUUACUUGCGUCUUUUCAAGAUAGCGUACCACAGUCUUUGCGUGUUGCAGAUGGUAUUGUUAGCAGGCCGAGUCUACAGCUACCACGGACAUCCCCAUUCAUAUCACAUAAAGUAGGCAGCAAUGCUGGUACCUCGACUACAGGAUUGCGAAAACCUGGCUCAUUUCAAAAGCCAAAAGCGUUUGAAAGGCCGGGGAAGGACAAGAAUAGAGGAGGCAGUUUAGAUUCUCCUAAAGUGUUUUCAACCACUUAG